UACCGUAAGGUUUGAACCGGGCGGCGGCAAUAGUCCCUGGCACAGGCUCAGUGUGAUGGCGCCAGCGUCGCGCGUCUGGAGAGGUCUCGACCAAGAUUGGGCACCUUCAACUCCCACCUGAUAUCUGCGUAUCAGAGCAUCCCGCUUUUCCCGCAGUUCCCCAAGGACGCCGCUCCCCUGACUAGUCCCAGAGGCACAGUUUUGGUCUCAUAUUGCAACCUUACUUUUAGUAUUGCAUCCCCCACUCACUUCUUUAGAUCUGACGUUGUGGUCUUUCCUGGGCUGUGCCUUGGGUGUCCACAGUUGGAAGAGCAAGGGCACAAGACACCAGGGAGCCAGACUCCUGCCGCAGGCUAUGAGUAGGAGCCUGAGCUGGUCUGAGCAGCUGGACGCGCUUCUCAAUGCUACUGACGGAAAUGUGGCCAGGAUUAAGCAAAGGCUGUAUCCCCUUGGAGUCUCCACGGCGGCAGGAGACCUGGCUGGGACCUGGAUUUCCCCUCAUCACUUGCCUCCCCAGUCAGGAGUCCAAACUCAACAGCCUUGGGCUCUAGAGACUCCCAUUGUCCCAGAGAGGCUAAGUUGUGCUGAGGCCCGUGAUGCAUCUUCUCUCUGGGAUGAAGUUACUAUUCUUCGAUCCCAGCUUCGAUCCCAGGCUCAGGUGACUGAGGCACUAAGGCAGGCUGUGCAGGGCCUGCUGGAGGAGCGAGAACAGCAGAAGUACCAGAUCUCUGCCCUAGAAGCAUCACUAAGGUUGCUACAGGGGGGCCCAGAGCAAAGGGUCUUUCUCCUGGAGCAAUGCCUGGAGGGGCUGAGAAAGGAACUGCAGGGCCUUCGAAGCCAGGUGCAGGAACAGGCCCGAGUCCAAAUACAAACAGGACCACAAAAGUGCAGUGCUACCAGUGGCCUUCACCAAGAGCUGCAGAAUGAGCGGCAACUGCUGUGGGAGGAGUCAGAGAUUCUUCGGGAGGAACUGAAGUUGCUGCGGGACCAACUGAGCCAGCACCAGGAGCUGCUGCUGAAACAGAUGACUGAGGGGUGGCAAGCUCAGGCCCGCAGCAGGAAGAUCUCCAGAGGCAUACCCUUUCUAACCUGGAGCCCAACAGCUUUCAGCUCCAGACCCAGAGCCUUGAGCAGGAGGACCUAUUCUUUAAGGGCCCCAAGAUGCUCCUGAGUGACCUGUAAGGACUUGUAAGAGUAGUAGGAUGAAGUCUUCUUUGCUUACCUUCCCCUUGGAGGGACAGGUUUCUGGGUCCUUUGCUCCUCCCCUUUUGAUCUAGCUGGUAUUUGCCCUCCCUACUGAGGCUCGUCACUGCCUGUCCAUCCCUACCCACCAACUGCAAUAAAAUGGU